UUAGGUGAAUGCAUCUUUGCCUCAUACUGGCGUGCCUGUGGGUACCUGUGUCCACCUCUGUCCAAGCUCUGUGUGUUUCUGUGUGUGCUCGUGUGUACAUGGACCAGCAUGCAUGUGAGUACACGUGGGGUCGGGGGUUUAUGGGAGGUGCAUGCUGGAGGGGCUGAGAAUGUCCUCCCUCCUCCCCCCCACCCUGCCCAGCCACCUGUGGUGGGGUUGAUGGGGAAGGCAGAGGUUGGAAAAGUACCCCUCUUUCCAGUAGCAGUGAGGGACUGUGUGUCGGCCCUGGGUUGGAUUGCGGGGAUCAGAGAGGCUCAGGGGGCAGCCAGAGGCACCCAGGCCAAAGGUACCACCCAGCUAGGCUGCCUUGACCCCGCCCCUGCCCCACCCUAGGGUCAGAGAUAAUAGGGAAUGACCUUGAAUCAUUCUUAGUUUCCUCUUUGACCCUGCCUACUUCCCAGAAAAGAGGAACCAGGCUCGAUCAGGUGGCACCAAGCUCCCCACUCUCUGUGCAGAUUGCUGGUGCCUGAGCCAAGUGCUCACUCCUCAGUCUGUGGCCACUUGCUCUUUGCUAGCCUUGUGCCUCAAUUUCUCUUUGGGAGAGAUGGCUGGUCGAGGCACUGUGGUUUCCUCACUGGAGUUGCAUGGUUGUGACUCUGCUAAAGAACUCUCGAGGGUGAGCCCUCGCUUCCUUCGUGUCUGGCACCCCACACCCAUCUCAGCCAGGAUGCCCACGAGGCGCUGGGCACCAGGCACCCAGUGCAUCACCAAGUGUGAACACACUCGUCCCAAGCCAGGGGAGCUGGCCUUCCGCAAGGGCGACGUGGUCACCAUCCUAGAGGCCUGUGAGAGCAAGAGCUGGUACCGCGCCAAGCACCACGACAGCGGGCAGGAGGGGCUGCUGGCUGCUGGGGCACUCAGGGAGCGUGAGGCCCUCUCCGCAGACCCGAAGCUCAGCCUCAUGCCGUGGUUCCACGGGAAGAUCUCCGGCCAGGAAGCGGUGCAGCAGCUGCAGCCACCUGAGGACGGGCUGUUCCUGGUGCGUGAGUCUGCACGGCACCCGGGUGACUACGUGCUGUGCGUGAGCUUCGCCAGCGAUGUCAUCCACUAUCGCGUGCUGCACCGCGAAGGCCACCUCACCAUCGACGAGGCUGUCUGCUUCUGCAACCUCAUGGAUAUGGUGGAGCAUUACAGCAAGGACAAGGGGGCCAUCUGCACCAGGCUCGUGAAACCCAAGAGGAAGCAGGGCACCAAGUCGGCAGAAGAGGAGCUGGCCAAGGCCGGCUGGUUACUGAACCUGCAGCAUUUGACACUGGGAUCGCAGAUUGGAGAGGGGGAGUUUGGAGCCGUCCUGCAGGGCGAGUACCUGGGGCAGAAGGUGGCUGUAAAGAACAUUAAGUGCGACGUGACUGCCCAGGCCUUCCUGGACGAGACUGCUGUUAUGACGAAGAUGCAGCAUAAGAACCUGGUGCGUCUCCUGGGUGUGAUCCUGCACCAGGGUCUGUACAUUGUCAUGGAGCACGUGAGCAAGGGCAACCUGGUGAACUUUCUACGCACUCGGGGCCGUGCCCUCGUGAACACCCCCCAGCUUCUACAGUUUUCCUUGCACGUGGCCGAGGGCAUGGAGUACCUGGAGAGUAAAAAGCUCGUGCACAGAGACCUGGCCGCCCGCAACAUCCUCGUCUCUGAGGACCUGGUGGCCAAGGUCAGCGACUUCGGCCUGGCCAAAGCCGAGCGGAAGGGGCUGGACUCCAGCCGGCUGCCAGUUAAGUGGACAGCGCCUGAGGCUCUCAAACAUGGGAAAUUCUCCAGUAAGUCCGAUGUCUGGAGUUUCGGGGUGCUGCUAUGGGAAGUCUUCUCAUAUGGCCGGGCUCCAUACCCCAAGAUGUCACUGAAGGAGGUGUCAGAGGCCGUGGAGAAGGGGUACCGCAUGGAGCCUCCUGAGGGUUGCCCAGGCCCCAUCCACACCCUCAUGAGCAGCUGCUGGGAGGCUGAACCUGCCCGCCGGCCACCCUUCCGCAAACUGGCUGAGAAGCUAGCCCGGGAACUUCGAAGUGCGGGUGCCUCAGCCUCUGUUGGGGGGCAGGAUGCUGAUGGCUCCAUCUCACCCCGAAGCCAGGAGCCCUGACCCUGCCCAGUGGGGCCCAGUGCCCCAGAGGACCAAAAUAAUGGGGGGCGCAGGGUGGGGCCGUGGGCCAGGCCUGAGAAGGGUCAGGGCCAGCAAGUGUCCACCUGGCUCACGGUGCAGAGGCAGGCCCUCAGGGAGCUCCGGGCAGCCCACAGACCCAGGAGGAAUCGGGCUAACACUUGGAUAAAGAUUGGUUUCAAGGAC